AGUUUGUUGAGAUAAACUUUACACUAUUGUUUGGGUGAAGGUCAAUGUCCUCUGUAGUGUGUGGUGUAGAGAGCCCGCAACCUAAAAGUGUUGUGGAAGACAGCGGUGAUUCGAGGGAGGCUGCUAGUCGAGAUUGGAAAGAAGAGGAUACAUAUAAUUUUCCUACCGGAACCAUACAGAAGGAUGAGGCAACAAGUGGUACUCCUUCUGAAGCUUUCGAAAAGGAAGAAGAUACAAAAAUUCUAUCAGCCAAAGGGGAAGACGACAGUUUGGAGAGCCACACAAAAGAGAACCAUACCGUUCCUAGUGAGCCACUUGAGCCGACUACAGAGGAAAAGUGUGAAUUUUCAGAAAGAAAAGCGUCAACCUCUGCCUCUUUACCACUCGAGAAGAACAAAAACGUGGAGUCCAAGUUUGAGAACAGUGGUGGUUUGGUGGAAAAGAACGUUGGGUGGUUCGGUCAUACAGCUGAGAUAGCCAGCCAGUUGAGCUAUCCAGUAGGAACUGUUUCUUUAACUUCGUACCCUCCGGGUUCUUUGUUGGGUCACGAAAAUGCAAAGAGAAUGACUCAUGCCACACAACCUUCGUUUUUUGGAAUACCAACGUGGAUAACGUCACAAACUGGUAACUCUACACACUCAGAUAUUCAUCCGGAGCUUUUAGCUUUACAUUCAUAUCAUCUAUCAAAUGACAGUCAUACAAUCGACGAGGAAGCAAGAUCAGCGUCUUUGGUUUUAUUAAAACUAAAGAAUGUGACUGGAGACGACGGAUUGGAAUUGCCUACUAUCAAAAGAAAGAAGUGGAAGAGAGAAAGUGUUUCAUAUUCUCAGAAUAAUGAGGAUCAUACUUGGAGACCUCGAACUUUAAAGGAGUUUGACUCUGUAGAUGCGGUCGAAACCGAUGCAUCCUAUCGUGCCUGGAAACGUUCUAAAAGAAGUCACGAAAGUGGUGUUAUUCCUCCCCAAACCGAAGUUGCUUGUAGAGUGAAAGAAGAAGACAGCGAUGAAUGGACUUGGGUCUUAGGCAUUGUGGAUAGUUAUUCUAACAGCAGUGGACAGUAUCGUAUUAUUGACAUUGAAGAACUGGGCAAUGAAGAAGUGGCUAAAGAGAGAUAUUAUUUUGUUUCCCCGAGUAAUGUCAUUCCCUUAUCAAGUGAUACGAAACAUGUUUUUCCUGCAGAAACGAGAGUGUUGGCUAUAUAUCCCGAUACGACUGUCUUCUAUCCAGCGACGAUACGUUCUUCUCGAAAGAAUGGAAAGCAGUUAUACUAUGCUUUAGAAUUUGAUGACGAGGACGAAGAUGAGGAAAUUGUGAAACAUGUUCCUGCUCGUUAUGUCAUUAUGAUUCCUGAAUAAGAAUUGUGUAUUAUAUAUACAUACAGCUACAUAUAUAUAUAUAUAUAUAUAUAUAUAUAUAUAUAUAUAUAAGGAGAGAGAGAGAGAUAGAUACUUGAAAAAGGCAGCAAUAUCAACCAUCUUCUGGUUAUCAUGUGACUUUAGUCUGGAGAGUAGGUGCAUGCACAUAGUUCAGUACGUCUUUUUUUUGAGUGACCUAAAACAAUAAACAGGUUUUCUGCCUU